AUGGACACGUACACGCAGGCGCUCAAGGUGCUCUCUCUCGAGCGCGCCGCUUUCCCCGAUGCCAGCGCUUCCGCCAACGCUUCUCCGCACCCCGCGGGGAGCGUCCGUCAGGGUUCACUUCCCGGCCAUUGGCGGCGCAGGCGGGGCGGAAGGACUUCCGCGCGAGGGGGACGGGGGGAGGCGUCUGGCGGAAAGCGCGCGCACAGGAGCCAGUCGGAGAAGAAGCCGCAAGCCAGCCUGAUGCCUCCGCUUUCCCCCAUCUCCCCGACCUCCGCGCGUGCUGCGGACGUAACCCCCAUACGCGGACACCCUGCGCAGGGAGAGGCGCAAGGGGAAGCAGACGUGGUGGAGGUGGUUGGGGGUGGGGGGGAAGGGGGAACGGGGAGCGGAGAUGCGGCAGCAGGGGGAGAGAAUGGGAGUGUCGAUCUGAUAAAGGGCAAAAAGGAUGGGCGAAUGGGGGAACAAAGGGGCCGGGUGAGCGGUGGGAAGGGGCUAAGAGCGUGGGACGUGGCGGGGGGCGAUGGUCAGCGGGCGGGGGAGAGGGCCGCAGGUCGAGCAGGGGGAACAGAAGGCAGGAUAGGGGAAGGGGGGGACUGCGAAGAGAGCAAGGAAGGGGGGAGCGCGGAUGAUGGGAAGGAGGAGGAAGAGCAGGAGGAGGAGGAGGGAGAGGAGGACGAGGAGGAGGAGGAGGAAGAGGAGGAGGAGGAGGAGGAAGAGGAGGAGGAGGAAGGGGAGGAGGAGGAAAGGGAGGAGGGGGGGAAGCAGGAGGGGGUGGGUGGUGUGGGGAGAGCAGGGAAGCAGCCGAGCGGGCAGGCGGCAGUAGAGGCACAGAUGUUUGUGAGUGACGCGAGACAGGCUUCUAGUCAACACCUGUCAGUGGGAGGAGCAUCAGCACAAGCAGCACCGGUGCAAGCAGCAUCAGCACAAGCAGCAUCAGCACAAGCAGCAUCAGCACAAGCAGCAUCAGCACAAGCAGCAUCAGCACAAGCAGCACCGGUGCAAGCAGCAUCAGCACAAGCAGCAUCAGCACAAGCAGCAUCAGCACAAGCAGCAUCAGCACAAGCAGCAUCAGCACAAGCAGCGUCAGCACAGCAGCCCUUGACGAUACACUCUCAGCCGCUACGUAGGGAGCAGAGGGAGGAAGUCGUGGGAGCAGUGUGGGCUAUUGAGCGGAAGCAAGAGGCUGCAGGGGAAUGUGCGUCACAGCAGCCAUGGGAGGUGCCCUCCAGGACGCACGGCGCAGCACAGGCGGGCGGUGCUGCUGUGGGCGGUUCUGAUGGUUACAGCGCAUGCCGUGACUCCAUGCGCCCACCACAACCACUGCUGCCGCCACAGCAGCAACAGAUAUCACAGCAGCAGCAGCCACAAUCACAGCAGCAUCAACAGCUGGCUGUCCCCAGCCCCGCUGCUGCUGCUGCUGCUGCUGCUGUGGCCACUCCAAGGCCGCGGCCAAGCGAGAGCUUCUGGGCCCACGUGGAGGGCUUCUUCCGCCCUGUCACCACUGCUGACGUGGCGCUGCUCUCCCCUGCUGCUUACGUGGCACACUUCAGCCGCAUCACGGAGCGAGAUCCCACCUUUGCCCUGCCGCCUGCAGGCCACCGCCCCCGCUUAGACCACCGCUCGGUGCUGACCUCAAAGGGGCGCGCACAGGAAGGGGGGGCACAUGCAGUGAUGGCAGUGGUGCCACGGCAGGGGGGGGAACAGGGGCUUGGGAAGGGAGAGGGGACGUGGAGGGGGAAUGGAGUAGGAGAUGGGCGUUUGGGGGGGCAGGGGGGUGAGCAAAGGGCGGGGGAGCGUGGGCAGGGGGGAGCGGAGGGAGAGGGGGGACAGGCGGGAAUGCAGGUGCAGGGGCAGCAGUUGCAGCAGCAGCAGGUGGAGCAGCAGCAGCGAGGCCAGCAGCAGCCGCAGAAGCGGCGGAGGCAGAGGCAGCAGGGAGGGGCAGCGAGGGCUGAGGGGAGCGAUAGGCAGCUGAGGAAGAGGAGGGGGGCGCAGGUGGGGGAGGGGGGGAAUGCUGCUGCUGCAGGGGGCAGGGCUGGGGCAAUUGCUCAAGCCGUGGGAAGGGGGAGGCAGGGAGGAGCGAAGGGAGGGGCGGAGGGAGUGGGGAAGGGAGGGGAGGAGGGAGCUAAGGAGGAGGAGGAGGAGGAGGAGGGGGGAGGGGAGGGGGAGGCGUGUGAUGUGUGCUGCCAGACGGAGAGCGACGAUGCAAACCCGAUAGUGUUCUGCGAUGGCUGUGAUGUGGCUGUUCACCGCCAGUGCUACGGCAUCCCCCCUGCUGCCCUGCUACCCGUGGGGGGAGAGGAACGGACGAGAGAAAAGGGGGAGGGAGCGCAGGAGCAGGGAGGGGGGGAGCACAGUAGGGAUGAAGAGGAGGAGGAAGAGGCAAGUCUACCGUGGCUGUGUGCGCGGUGCAGCAGCAGCCGGCCUGCUCAGGUGCGCUGUGCGCUCUGCCCCGUGCUCUCCGGUGCCUUCAAACCCGCUCUCCCUGGCGCUCCUCCCUCCGCUUCCUUGGAACCCGCUGCACCAGCUGGUUUGCCAGCAGCCGUGGCAGCACCCACGCCACCAGCACCCGCACAAGACGCACAUGGGCCGCAGCAGCAGCAGCAACGAGGGGAGCAACAACAGCAACAGCACCAUCCGGCUCAGCACCACCAGCAGCAGCAGCAGCAGCAGCAUGAGCAGCAGGAGCAGAAGGACGAGCAGCAGGAUGACCAGCAAGAUGAGCUGUUUGCGCAUCUGUUCUGCAGCCAGUGGGUGCCGGAGACGUACGUGGGCGAUCCAGAGAGCAUGCAGCCCGUGUGCAACGUGGGGGGCGUCAGUCAGGAGCGCCGCCGCAUGCUGUGCUGCCUGUGCCGCUCCAAGGAGGGCAUGUGCGCAGUGCCCUUCCACCCCAUGUGCGCGCGCCAGGGGGGCCUGCUCAUGACCCUCUCCGCCUCCCCCUGCUCCCCCCGCGUGCUCCUGAAGGCCUUCUGCCCCCGCCACUCCGCCCUGCGCCUCCCCCCCCUGCUGCAGCAGCUGCAGGCAGGGGGGGGCGGAGGGGGAGGGAAAGGGGGAGAGGGUGAGGAGGCGGGGAAGACAGGCGGAAGGGUGGGGCGCGGUGCAGGGACGGUGGGGGAGAGGGGACAAGGGGGCGGAGGGAAGGAAGAGAAGAUGGAUGGGGGGAUUGAAAGGGGAGUGGUGGGAGAGGGGUGGGUGGGAGGGGAGAAGGGAAUUAGGGGGGUUGAGAAACAUGGAGAGGAGGGGGAUGAGGGAGAGGAGGAGAGUGAGGAAGAAGGGGAUGGAGGGGAGGACGGAGGGGAGGAGGCAGGAGGAAGGGGAGGAGAGGGGGGUGGGUCACAAGGGCGCUUGGAGGAUAAGAAGGGAUUGUUCAGGUCAGAGGGUAGUGGGCAGGAGCGAACAGCUUCUGAGAGGCACGGAGGAGAGAGAUCAGAUUGUGGUGAAGAGGGAGAGAGGGACGGAGGAAAUGGAAUGCUGGUGGAGAGAGAGGAGGGAGGGAGAAGAGAAGUAAAGGGACAGGAGGGAGGAGGAGAGGAGGGAGCGAGAGAAAAGGGAGAAGCUGAUUCAAGGGAGAAAGGGAAGGAGGAUACGCAUACAGGAAGGGGGACGAACAGUGGAGAUGUUGGGUCCUGUGCCGGUGGUGGUUGUGGUGAUGCUGAUGCUGCACGUGGUGAUGCUGUAAUGAAGAAUGCAAGUGGGUUAAGAACAGCAGCAGAGGCAGCGGCAGGGCAGGCAGCAGCAGCAGAGCAGGCAGCAGGGGAGACAGCAGUGGUAGAGGAGUCAGAUGAUGACGAUGAUGUGGUGGUGCUGGUGGAAGAGGGAUCAGGGAGGGAGGAGGUGGACGCAGCAGCAGCAGGGACAAGGGGUUGCCUGCCAGAGGCAUCAGGAAGGAGUGUGCGCAGCGAAGCAAGGCCCAAUGCUAGUGCUGCAGGUGCUGUGAUGCCAGUUGCACGUGCUGAUGUGGCACAAGUGACGUGUGCUGCUGAUAUGGCGCCAGCAAAGCAAGCCCAGGCUGACGUGGAGUGGCCCAGAUGGGAGGGCGCUGCUGCGCUGGCGCUGAGUCAGCAGGUGCGGUGCCACGCGUACGUGCGUGGAUAUGCAGAAAUACUGCAGGCGUCAGAUAACGUGGGGAGGAGGGCGUCAGGUGAAGAGGCGAUAACGAUAAUGGACUCCAAGAAGAAGGAGGGGGUGGUGGAGAGGAAGAUGGUGGCUGAUCGUUGUGUACGGCAUGUGAAGGAUGAAAGGGAGGAAGAUGGGGAAGGGCAGGAGGAGGAGGGGAGAAGAGGCGUUGGGGAGCAAGUGAAGCAAGGGGAGGAGCACAAAGCGAGCAGGAGGCAGCAGGGAGCGCAGCUGAUCCAUUUAGAUGGUGCACUGGUGCAGGUGGCAUCAGAGGGAGGUACACCUGAGGACGAGGUCACAUCCGAGCUCAUCAUAGCACAGACCCAGCUGCUGUCCGUCCUGCACACCCUCUCCCACCGCUCUCAACACCUGCUGCACCGCAUGCUACCGUGCCUGCAGGCGGAGAGGCAAGCAGCAGAGGCGCAGCAGCAGGGGAAGGCGGCAGUGGAAGAGUACCUGGGCGUGCUGAGGGAGCAGCGCAAGCAGGGGCGGCGGGACCGGCGGGAGAGAGAGGCUCAGGCCGUGCUGGCGGCGGCUGAAGCUGCUGCUGCUGCUUCCCCCCGUGUGGGGCAUCUGAAGAGGGACCCUGGGGGACCUGCUGGGGUAGGUGCUGCUGGGGUGGGUGCUGCUGGUGUGGGUGCUGCUGCUCCUGCUAGUCCUCUGGCCGUUUCUGCUCUUGCUGCUGCUGGCCCUGCUGCAGGUGCUGCUGCUGCUGCUGCUGCUGCUGCUACUGCUGCUGCUGCGGGUAUGGGUGGUGCUGGGGGUGGUGUGUCUCCGUCUUGGGUGCUUGGUGUGAGGGCGUGGGGAAGGGGAUGGGGAGGAGGGAGAGGGAGAGCGGGACUGGGAAUGACGAGGCUGGGGGGUGCAUUUGGCAGUCCUGCUGCUGCUUCUCCUGCUGCUGCUUCUCCUGCUGCUGCUGACAGUGGUACUGCCACUGCUGCAGCGGUUGGUGGUGUUGGUGCUGCCAGUGGUGUUGGUGGUGGUGGUGGUGGUGGUGGUGCAAGUGCGGCUGCUGAUGCAGGGCGAGUGCAAGCAUCCCCCUUGGCGUCCCGCCCCUCCCUCUUCCCCUCUGCAUCAGCUCGCCCUGGGCUUGCCGAUGCUGCCAUAGGGGUGAGGGGGAGAGGUGCGUGGGGCCGGGGAAGGGGCAGGGGGCGUGGGGCAUGGACAGGGGGAGGGAGAGGGCGAGUGGGGGGGAGAGUUGGGGGAAGAGGAGGGGGGAGAGUGGGAGGGAGAGUGGGUUGGGGCAGGAGAAUGGAUGUAUCUUCGGGGUUGUUGAAUGGUGUGGGUGUUGAGGGGGAUGGACAGAUGAAGAGUGAUGCAGUGAGGUAUGGGGAGGUGGGGGAGGCAGUAGAGGAGGGGGAGGAAGGGGAGCGCAAUGGGGAAGGUGAGGGAGAGGAGGGGGGUUUGUGGAGGGAGUGUGGGGCGUGCUGGCAGAGGGAGUGUGGGCCGCACAGGAGCAUGGUUGAGUGUGGAAAGUGCCACGUGGCAGUUCACCAUUGGUGUUAUGGCGUGCCUGAAGGGAGGUCGGGGCCGUGGUUGUGCCAGGUGUGCCGCUGGGAUUGGGUGGUGAAGGGGGAAGAGAGGGACAGGCAUCAACAGCAGGAUAAGCAGAAGCAGGAGCAGGUGGAGCAGCAAGAGGAGUGGCAGCAGGAAUGGCAGGGGUCACCGCAGUCCCACUCACCUGCACCCCCCCACCCGCCUCCCCUCCCUUCAGCAAUGCUCCCUCCCUCCCAUGUGUCCUGCGCCCUCUGCUCUCCUGCUGCGUCCUUGGGCGCUGCUGGGCAGAGGAAGCAGGGUGAUGAUGGGGAGAAGAGGGGCGAGAGGGAGGAGGGCGGCGAGUGGGGAGAGAGGGUGAAGCAGAGUGCGGAGGCACGGCGGCGACAGGGAGGAGUGGCAGCAGCAGUGUUGGGGGAGGUGGAAAGGGAGAGGGGAGCGGGGGUGAGUGGGGAGGGAGGAGGGAAGAGGAGAGGGGAUGGGUUGACGGGGGGAGAGGGAGUGAGAGUGGAGGGGGGCUGUAGAGAAGUGGAGGUUUUGCUUCCAAGAGAAGGCACUUCGCAGGAAGGAGAGACAGGGGGAGAGAGGAAGACGGAGGAGGGAGUGAGGAGGGAUGGGGCGGUGGAAAGAGGAGGUGGAUGGGGGAGUGAUGGAAAUGAGGAGACUGGGGGCUUGGGUGGGAGCAGGGAGGGGAAGGGGAACGGGAGGGUGGGGGAUGCGGGGCAAGCGGCAUUGAAACGAACGGAGCAGGCCGAGUGGGUGCAUCUGCUGUGCGCUCAGGUGUUGUUUCCCGACUGUGCUGUGCUCGGUGCGUCUGAGGAUGCGCCCCUCAGCCUUACUGGCGCCAUCCCUCCCAGCACGCAGCAUCACCGCUGCUGCUUCUGCCACUCCUCAUCUAUGCAACCAUGCUCCCAGUGCGCCAUGCCAGGCUGUCCCCGUGUAAUGCACCCCAUGUGUGCGCGCCACUGCUCUCGCCUCACCACUCCCCACCCACCUUCAGAGCGGCCUCACACACCCUCUCCCAUCUUCACCCCACCCUUGCCUCCCUCUGCCACCGCUGCCACCUCCACUACCCCCGCCGCUGCCCCCACCACUACCCCUCCCACUGCCCUUGCCAUUGUCCCCGCCUCUCUUGCUCCUCCCCCAACAACCUGUCCCACCGCUGGUAUCACCGCUGUUGAUUCUCCUGGCAUUGCAGCACCUGCUGCUAUUCCCCCACCUCCUCCUCUCUCCUCCACUCCUUCGACCAUUCCUCUCUCCUCUCUCGCAACAGCACUCCCUCCUCCUCCACCACCCACUGCCACCACCUCAGUUCCUGUCAAACCCCCUCAGGCAACUCUGAAAAUUCUCUUGUACUGCCCAGAGCAUGCAGCAGCUUCCGGCAUCCGAAAACUCGACCCCCAUUUCCAGCAAUCCCGCCUCCCCAGUAGCACCUCCCUGCUCCCCUCCAGUGCACCUCUGUUGCCGUCAAAGCGCCAAGCUUCAGUUUCCUUCGCCAAUCACGAGGAUCAGAAGAGACGCUGUGUGGGAGUGGCUGAGGGGGAGGGUGGGGAUGAUGAUAGACUGGCUAGCCGUACCGAGAAGCCUGUCGAUGGGUUGGUGGUCGGUGGUCAGCUGGAAUACUUUUACCUGCUCGAGAACCCCGACUUCGCCACAGAUCCGAGGGAGCCGGUGAGGGCCGCAUAUCAGAAGGUGACCUCCCAGCUGGGGGCAGAGGUCAUACGCGUUCCAAAAGAGGGAAGGAGUACCCGGCCCUGGGAUGGUGAAGGACACGCGGACAGGAGAAUGGGGAGUGCCAACGGCGGUGGAAAGGGAGCUGGCAAUGGGAUUCCUGCCGGGCGCGAGCGCCGCGGAAGGCGUGGCAGAAUGGGAGCGUGUGCGGGCGCUGGGGCAGGCAAUGGACGUCCAGGCGAUGGAGUGGCUGCUACACACGGUGGAAGUGCAACUGCUGCUAUGGGACAUGGAGACCCGCGUAGAGGAGACCGAGUGGUGGGCGGAGGGAAGUGGGCCGAACAGCGAAGCGCGGUCAAGGCUGGAUGA